AUGGGCAAAUGGAACCAAACAACAGUGACUGAGUUUGUUCUUCUUGGCUUCACUGAUCAUCAAAAGAUCAAGGCUGUCUUCUUUGUUCUCUUCUCAGCUAUCUAUUUAGUCACUUUGGUGGGAAAUAUUGGUAUCAUCGUAUUAAUUUGGAUCAGUUCAUGCCUCCGCAGUCCAAUGUACUUUUUCCUCAGUAAUUUGGCCUUCCUAGACUUCUCUUAUUCUUCUGCCAUUACACCUAAAAUGCUUCUCAAUUUCAUAACUGGCAAGAAGACUAUCUCACUGGCAGGUUGCAUUACACAAAUGUAUUUGUUUGCUUCUUUUGCAGAUGCCGAGUGCCUUCUUCUGGCUGCCAUGGCAUAUGACCGCUACAUGGCUAUUUGUAACCCAUUAAUUUAUCCUGCUCUUAUGUCCCAAAGAGUUUGUUUUGGGUUGGUAGCCGGCUCUUAUCUUAUUGGUAGUAUGACUUCACUAAUUCACACUUAUUAUACAUUUCACUUGUCAUUUUGUGGAUCCAACGUCAUCAAUCAUUUCUUCUGUGACAUCCCUCCCCUGCUAGCUCUCUCCUGCUCCAACACUCAUAUUAAUGAAAUUCUUCUUUUUGCCUUGUGUGGUUCCAUCCAAAUGAGCACUUUUUUGUUGAUUAUUAUCUCCUAUACCUAUAUCAUUUGCACCAUCUUGAGGAUCCAUUCAUCUGAAGGCCGCCAGAAGGCCUUUUCAACUUGUACCUCCCACUUGACAGCUGUGGCUUUGUAUUAUGGAACCCUUCUCUUUACUUAUUUGCGGCCAAGCUCCAGCUAUAUCCUGAAUACAGACAAAAUAGUCUCUGUUUUUUAUACUGUGGUUUUCCCCAUGUUAAACCCUUUGAUCUAUACCUUGCGAAAUGAAGAAGUAAAGGAUACCUUCAAUAAAUUAUUGCAAAGAAAACUGAUUGCACUCAGAAGGAUUAGGAAAUUUUUUCCAUGUUUGCACUAG